AUGCCUCACUGUGGCCUAGCAUUAUACAACAACUUACUGUAUGCUAACUGGAGCCCAGAGAAACUGUCAAAUUGUUGCAUAAUUGGCAACAGUUUCUCUGACUAUUACUUAAAAUUAACUGAUGCAGAGCUUACAUCUAAAGGAUAUUACUUAAGAGAAAUUAAAGGUUUAUUUAAGGAGUUACCAUUUAAUGCAUCAUUGUGUUCAUCUGAUGAUGUCUUCAAUGACACAUCAUUGCACCUGUUUCAUAUUUCAAAUCUAAAGGACCUUCCUAUAACAGUUUGGACCAAAAACCCAGAGCCUUCACUUGACCCAGAUGAUGAGGAAAUGACAUUAUAA